UCACCAGUCUUUCCCCAAUAAUUUUACUUCAAUAUCAUAAACAAUUCCAUUCAUUCUAAACUUCUACCAUUUCAAAUUUUCAACCCAUCAUCAUCAUCUUCCUCCAAGCUCCAGUUCUAUCCAACUGCAAGCUUUACUCUUCGCUGAAUCGCUGUAAGAAGUGAAAUAUGGUGGAUGCAGUUGUCAGUGUAUGUUUGGAAAGACUGGUGAAAGUCCUUGUUAAGGAAGGUAAUGUUCUACUUGGUUACAGGGAUCAGUUUCAGAAGGUACAAAACGAUCUUCAAUACAUGCGGAGCUUCUUUAAGGAUGCAGAGAGGCUUAAACGGAAGAAUGAGGUUUUGAAGUGCACUCUGGCUGAUUUGCGAGAGCUGGUCUAUGAAGUUGAAGACAUACUUGCAGAUUGCCAGCUUUUGUCAAAUAGUUCAGGAAAACUUCUUCAUGGAUUUUCCCCUAUAAAGGUUCCAGCCAAAUACCAAAUGGGGAAGAGACUUGGAGAAAUUAAUGUAAAAAUUACUAGCAUUAAAGAUAAUAUCACAUCUUUUCUUGGGCCACUUUCUCAGUCUCUCCAUGGUAAUGUGCAAGAAGAAGGACCACCCAGAUGGAGUUCUCCGAUCUAUGAUCAUACCCAGGUGGUGGGAUUAGAAGGCGAUACAAGAAAACUCAAAGAUUGGUUAUCUCAAGCAGAUAACAGUGGCAUACUAUCCAUUGGAGUUGUAGGUAUGGGGGGAUUGGGGAAAACCACUGUUGCUCAAACGGUAUUUAAUGAGAAAGAAAUGGAACUUCAUUUUGAGAAAAGAAUUUGGGUUUCCGUAUCUCAGAAGUUCACUGAAGACCAGAUAAUGAGGAGCAUCUUGAGAAAUCUCGGAGAUGCCAACAUUGGGGAUGAUCGAGGUGACUUGCUAAAACGGAUAAACCAAUACCUUUUAGGCAAGAGGUUUCUGAUUGUGUUGGAUGAUGUAUGGAGUGAGGAUACUUCAUGGUGGCUGAGAAUUUAUGAAGGGUUACCAAAAGGAAGUGGGAGCUGUAUUAUUGUGACCACCAGGAUCGAGAAAGUUGCAAGAAAAAUGGGAGUGCAGGAAGCAAGAAUUCAUCGACCUAAAGUCCUAGGUGAGGGCCACAGUUGGUCACUUUUUUGCAAUGUGGCAUUUGCAGAAAACCAUGGUAGUUGUACAUCAACUGAGCUUGAGUGUGUUGGAAAGGAGAUUGUUUCUAAAUGCAGAGGCCUUCCACUGGCAAUCAAGGCAGUUGGAGGAAUGAUGCUAUGUAAGCCACCAUAUUAUCAUGUGUGGAGGAGGAUUGCAGAUCAUUUCCGGGAGGAAUUGACUGAUGUUGAUGACAACUCUGUCAUGGCUUCCUUGCAGUGUAGCUAUGAUGAACUCCCAUCUUACUUAAAGUCCUGCCUUCUCUCCCUUUCCAUCUAUCCUGAAGAUUGUGAAAUUAGUAAAGAUCAGUUAGUCCGAUGGUGGAUUGGUGAGGGAUUUGUGCCUGUCAGAAAUGGUAGGCUAGCAACUGAAGCUAGUGAGGAUUGUUUCUCUGGUUUAACUAAUAGAUGCUUGGUUGAAGUAGUCGAGUGGGAUUACAAUGGAAAAAUAUCCACAUGUAAAGUUCAUGAUAUGGUACGAGAUCAGGUAAUCCAGAUUGCAAAAGAUGAAUCUUUUUCUGGAUUAAAUGCUGCUCAUCGUCGUCAUCUAGGACUUACCACAGACAUUAAGGAAAAGGAAAUAGUUACAAGUAAAAAAUUACGGGCAUUAAUAUCCACCACUAAAAGUGGUGAAGUGAACAAAAUUGCUUCUAGUAUUGGGAACAAGUUCUGUGAUUUUAGGUACUUGCGAGUGCUGGAUUUGUCGAAAUCUAUCUUCGAAGUGCCUCUUUCUACCCUACUCGGAAAGAUUAGCAACCUAAAACACUUGACAUGUUUCAACUUAAGCAACACUCACCCAUUGACUCAAGUUCCUCAAACAUUAGAGAAACUCCACAACCUUCAGAUACUGGAUGUAAGUUACUGUCAGAGUCUAAAAUCCCUUCCUCCUUUUGUCAUGACUUUCGAGAACCUAGUGGUGUUAGACGUGAGUCAUUGUGGGUCCCUAGAGUUUCUUCCAGAAGGCUUGGAGAAGCUUUCAAAUCUUCAAGUUCUGUUAGGGUUCAAGCCAGCUAGGGCGGAAGGCGAAGGUUCUAGAAUUUCCGCGUUGAGAAGCUUAAGUCAACUAAGGAUACUGGAACUGCAACUGACUCGUGCUGAUGAAAUCGAUGAUAAUGAGACCGAUGCCUUAACUGGCCUGAUAGAGAUGCAGAUACUGACAAUAAGUUGUUUUAACAGUUUUGAGAGUGAUAAACUCAUCUCUAAACUCGAGAAAGUCUGCCCACCCUUGCAGCUACACGAGUUGUCUCUUAAAUUUUACCCAGGAAAAACCAGCCCCAAAUGGCUUAACCCCACCUCUCUGCCUAUGCUUCGGUAUCUUUCAAUAUGCGGAGGAAACCUAGCACAGUUGGACAAAAGUUUCUGGGGAAAUGAUGAAACUUGUUGGAAAAUCAAGGGCUUGAAAUUGGACUCACUAUCUCAUUUAAGUGUGAAGUGGGAGAUGAUCCAAAGAGUUAUGCCUUCCUUGAGAACUGUGCAUGCGUGUUGGUCUCCCGAAUUGAUAUCUUUCCCAAUAGAGGGAGUUGGUUUCAGAGGUGGUGUGUGGAAGGAGGACAGGAAUAACUAAAUCAAGUGAAAAGCAGAAGAAGAUGUUCUUAAUUACCAGCAGCUGAACUGCCAGGAUCGCGCCAAAAUCAUCAAGUUGGAUGUCAACACUUUUAUGGGAGUUUCUUGCAUAAAGACGGUAUCUGAAGUUGAAACAUUGAGAAGGUGUUCACGUACUGAAAUCAUUGAAAUUGAGUGUUCGGAUAAAAAUUUAAUAAAGAUCUAAAUCGUGGGUGCUAGAUUUUAAACUUAAAUUAGGUAAGAUGUCAUACCAUUUGAUUAUUGAAGAGCCUGUUAAGAAAUUCAAACAAAAAUAGGAAAAAAAACACAUCAAAUCAACAAAAUCUCCAGAAUCAAUUCGAAAAAAAUGAAAAUUUAAUAAAAAUUGUUGAAAUCUCACCCGAAUUCAAUAACGCAUUAUCAAGUUCAAUAGCUUGCGCGCAAUUCGAAUAGAAACCUCUUUAUGAAGAAACUGAGCAGAAAUCAACAAAUUACCAUAUCAGAAUAAAAACCCUAAAACUGAAUUUUGUGGCUGUUAUUUCAGAAUAAAUUGGAAUUAGCUCAAUGUCCAGAAAGAGGAUUCAAUAAGCUAAUUAAGACAUGAAAGAGGAGUCAGUCUUCACAGGAAUUAGCAAGAAGAGGAAUUAAAUCAAUUGAAUCAAUUGGAGUAUAAGAACCCGUUUAUAUUUUAUUCUCAUGCUUCCAUCUACUGAAAUAAAAUAUUAAAAUUGGAAUUUGGAUAAAAACCCUAAAACUGAAAUAAAACCC